AUGCUCGUUGGAAAUUAUCUCUAUGGGCAAGGCAGCCAUUCCGACGACAUUUCGUUAUUUAUCGACCAGUGUAACGAACUUCUCGAGGACCAACCCAAGUUGUAUCUCCAGGACCCAGUUGGGUGCGACCGGAAUGUGCCAUACUGCAACCCUCAACGUUUACCCCCACUGGAUCCGACGACCUAUCCGCAUACGCUAGAUCUGGAACAAAAGCGUCAAAGCUUUGUGGAACUGGAAGAUCUUGAGCCGCCACCGGAAUUGCUGGAGCUUUUGGACUCCCAAGAAGACUUGCCAGAAGCUCUGCAGCCACCGGCGAUAGCAACACCGUUGAAAAGACACCAGAAGCAAGCAUUGACGUUCAUGUUGCGACGAGAACAAGGUUGGGCGUUUGACGGAACGAGACCCGAAAUCUGGGAAGCAGAAGAAACAGAGAUUGGAAUACGGUUUGCCAACCGAAUUUCGGGCACCCGCCAAGCACAAGAACCUCCUGCCUUUUACGGCGGGAUCAUUGCGGAUCCGAUGGGCUUCGGCAAAACGCUUGCAAUGAUUACUCUUGUUGCUUCGGAUUCUUACAAUACUGCACUAAGUGACGCACCCAAGCUGUCUGGAGUCUUGGGAGAGGAUUCUUGUGGCUUGACGUUGAUUGUCGUCCCACCAGCUCUGCUUGGAACAUGGGAGGAAGAGCUAUAUAGACAUACAGAGCCUCAGAGAUUGCCAUGGCACCUAUACCGUGGAAAGAAUCGCCAAAGGCAGACCGAAAAACUCGUAAACAUGACGAUACUUUUGACAACUUACCACACAGUAUCCACGGAGUGGCGCACUGGUGCUGGUCACGCGUCUUCGAUUCUGUUCACGACCCGGUGGAGGCGAGUUAUACUGGAUGAAGCACACUAUAUCCGCAAUAGUUACUCAAAAAUGGCUAGCGCCGUGUGUGCUAUUGAUUCCGUCUCACGUUGGGCUGUCCUUGGCACUCCGAUUCAAAACCAUCUCAACGAUCUGGCCACCCUCCUCAAAUUCCUGAGUGUCUAUCCCUAUAACCAUAAAAGGGUUUUCGACGCGGAUAUAUCGCAUAUGUGGAAGGCCGGUAACGACUUCGAGGCAGUCAAGAGACUAAAACGUUUGGCCGGCUGCCUGUUGCUCCGACGGCCCAGGAAAACGGUCGAGUUACCACCGAGACACGAUCGGGCGUGUUACGUUGAGUUCCAACCUGAUGAAAGAGAGCUCUACAACCAGAUCAGAUCCCAAACUAUUGCCCAGAUUGACCGUGUCUUGCUCCAAGGCAAUCACGAUAAAGGAGCGCCGUCUACAUUUACCGUCUUACAGCAGAUCGUCGGGAUGAGGUUGGUGUGCAACCUUGGACUGUUCUACCCAAGCAGGCAUGAUACCUCAGCCUUGGCUACAAAUAAGCCCACGACGAAAGAUUGGAACCAGGCGGCACAAAGUGAAUUCAACUUCCGGUUCAACGAGAUGGGUAGUAUUCAUUGCCAUCUUUGCGCUUUUACGCUGGACGCCGCCUAUACUCCUCUUGAUGAUCCAGGGGCUACAAAUUCUUCCUUUUCACGAUGCUCGAAAUUCUUCUGUCCAAGCUGCGUUCGAGCAGCAGCUCGCGAUAUUAACACAAGCAAAUGCGGACAUAACCCGCCCUGUCCAAUAGCUUCCGUGUCGACAAGUGCGGCCAGCUUGGAGACCAUACCCAUCUCGAUGUCAAUCGAACAGAUCGCAGGAUCAGGGUAUCUCCCUACCAAAGUGGCCGCCCUAAUAGAAGGUCUUCAAGCAACACCAAGCGAUGUCAAGUGUGUUGUGUUCUCAACCUGUACGAUGACUCUCGAUGUCGUUGAGGUAGGGCUUGGCCAAGUUGGCAUUUCAGUGCUUCGCUAUGAUGGCAAGGUGCCACACAAGGAAAGACAGAGAGUUGUCGAGAGAUUCCGCAAUGACCCGUCAAUACGUGUGCUGUUGCUUACCCUUUCCUGCGGUGCUGUUGGGCUGAAUCUAACUGCUGCUUCGCGGGCAUACUUGAUGGAACCAAACUGGAAUCCAACCCUUCAAGACCAGGCACUGGCAAGGAUCCACAGGAUGGGACAAGAAAAUGAAGUCACUACAAUACAAUUCUAUAUACGUGAUUCUUUUGAAGAGGUUGUUGUUAAAAAUCAGAAACUCAAGAGGGAGCUUGCAGGCAUUUUGCUUGCACAGGGUGAUCUCGUCAUGAUCACGAGUCUCUCCACACUUCUAUUCAACUACCAGCAUACGGUUAAGGAGUUGCUGCAGCUUUUCAGCCACCCGGGUGCUAGCUUCCGGGAACUGGAAAGGUUCAAGCUCUGGUCUUGUCCACUGGCAAGCACUGGGUUUGAGAGCGAAAAUCUCCGAAAUGAUCACGAAAAGGUUCAUGAACCUCGAGUUUCGUGCAAGGUGCUCGGCUGUCAGUAUCCUCCGUUCGCCUCCGCCUCGGCUUUGAGGAAACAUCAUUCCAAAGAACACACCAAAGGUGCUCCCAUGUUCAGAAUCCGAGCGCCGAAUUCGAGAAAGUCCCCAUUCGUUCCAAAACAAAAAGCCUCUCCCUCUCAACGUCAAUAUCAAGAGCCUAUUGUGGAUUCGAGUCAUACGUCAGCUGCAGCUCCGACCGAUUUUGAUGACAAGACGCUCGUGAACUUGGAUUUCCAUUGUGCCAGUUUCAAAGACAGGUACUAUGGUGAUGACUGGUUCGCGGUUUCUAAUCCAUCCCUGUCUCCUAAAUUGGACAUCAGUCUUGUCCACGCUAUGAAUCAUGACGAUGUAGUUGUCUGCGUUCGCUUUAGCUUUGACGGCAAGUACAUUGCUACGGGCACUUAUCUUACAACUCACAUCUACAACGUCGAAACUGGCGAGCAGCUUGCUGUCUUCGAGGAUCGUGAAGAUGAUGAUUCUGAAAUCAUUUAUGAUAGAGAUGUGUGUUUUACCCCAGACAACAAGUACCUCGUUACCAACGGCAAGCAUGUUCUGAUUUAUGUCUAUGACAUCCGAAGCAAAAAAGUCGUCAACCGUUUCUCGGGACAUACCAAUAGUAUUUAUUCUGUGGAUGUUUCAAGAGACGGGCGCAUACUGGCGUCUGGAGGUUCCGACCGUACUGUUCGUCUUUGGAAUCUUCAGGGCGAAGCUCCCAACAUGACGCUUAUUGCACAGGAUGGCGUUCUUUGUGUGGCUAUUUGUCCUAACUCGAGAUUUAUUGCCGCUAGCUGCCUUAACAACAUUCAUAUUUGGGAACUAGCUACGGGGAACAUGGUGGCGCAUCUGAAAGGACACCUUAGCCUUGUCAAUUCUAUCGCCUUCGCAGGGGGCGUAUCGGAGCUUGUCAGCGGCGCCUACGAUAAGACGGUAAAGGUUUGGAAACUCGAUCUCACAGGCCGAGGGGAAAGUCGAUGCAUCAAGAGUUUCAAAGGACACUCGGAUGACGUUUUAUCGGUUGCUUCUACUUCAGAUGAGGAUUGGUUUCUUUCUGGCUCCCAGGAUUGUACGGCACGUCUUUGGAGUCGCUCUACUGGUACGGUCGGAUUGUCAUUGACUGGUCACACGCAAUCAGUCGUGGGUGUAGCUGCAAGCCCAAUUGGUGGCUACUUUGCCACUGCGUCGCAUGACAAGAAGGCAAGGAUCUGGAAGUACAGUAGUGGAAGUUGA